UUAUAAUUAAAAAGAACGGGAAUCACUUUCUCUGCAAUAGAUUUGAUUUGUGCAUGCCAAUAAGGAGCUUUUUUGUGAUUUUGUGAAAGUUACUUACAAUCCGAAUUCUACCAUUGGAAUUAUAUAAUAACGUGAGAUUUUCAGUCUUUUCAUUUUAUCGUAUGAUUUUCUACUGAGAUUUGGAUUGACUUUUGAUUGUUUUGACAAAAAAAAACUAAAAAUUGUACCGAAAAAAAAUAUGUCAUCAAAAAUGCAAACCAGUCCUCUAAUAGAUUUGCUGGCCAAAAAUGGUUUGAUAAUAAUCGAUGGUGCGAUGGGUACGGAAUUGGAAGUGCGUGGCUGUAAAUUGAACGAUAAAUUAUGGUCGGCAAAGGUGCUUGUCGAGAAUCCGGACUUGAUUUAUCAAGUGCAUUUGGAUUACUAUCGUGUUGGUGCCGAUUUUGUGAUAACAUCCAGUUAUCAAGCGUCCGUGGCUGGAUUUGCCCGCCGUGGAAUUGAAGAAGCACAGGCUUUGGCACUGAUUGCAAAGAGUGUAACAUUGGCGAAAAAAGCGCGUACCGAUUAUUUGAAUGAAAUCGAUCAGCCGAAAACGUUGUUGGUGGCCGGUAGUGUUGGACCAUAUGCCACAUUGUUGGCUGAUGGUUCGGAAUACCGUGGCGAUUAUCAGUUGACACACAACGAAUAUGCUGCAUUCCAUCGACCGCGCGUACAAGCAUUGGUUGAUGCGGGUGUGGAUUUUUUAUGCUUUGAAACGAUUCCAUCGGUUUCGGAAAUUGAAUCACAACUAUUACUAUUGACCGAAUUUCCAACGAUGACCGCAUAUUUUUCAUUUAGUUUGCGGGACUCGGAACAUUUAUGCGAUGGCACACCGUUAUCAAAAGUGGCCGAUAUGGUGAACGCACAGGGACAAGUGGUGGGUGUUGGCGUGAAUUGCAUUGCAUUGGAAAAAGUGAGUGGUGCAUUGACAACACUCAAGCAUUUAACCAAUAAACCAUUGUUGGUGUAUCCAAAUUCGGGUGAAAAAUACGAUCCAAUUACAAAAACUUGGCAAUGUGAAGUCAACAAACGAUCGUUGAUCGAUUUUAUUGAUGAAUGGCUAAAAAUUGGCGCAACAAUGAUUGGUGGAUGUUGCCGAACCGGACCACAAGACAUCGCACAAAUUGUAGACAAAUUGAAGAUGAAACGCAGUUAAGGCGGAGAAUACCAAGGAAUUUGGUGGAAGUAAUUAUUUGGUGCGUCAUAUUAAUACUAAACGUUGACAUUUUAAUUUGCAUUUAAAUAUCACAGCCAAAAUUGUAAAAAUUUCAAUUCGUGCCAAAAAAAUAAAGAAUAUUUUUUUACUGUCAA